GACAGCGAGGCGCUUAGGCUGUUUAGAACCCGAUAAUAUUUAAGGGCACCCAUUCACUGCUCCAAGCCCAUCCUUUGACAAACUUACGCGAAACAGAUUCUCCUCGCUUUUCUUUGAACUUCUUAUUCCACCUUUUACCGCUUAGGUAUGUGUCCAUGUUGUUGUGGUGUUAUGCAUUGAAGAAUUUAACGUGUGCCAGGACUCUCCGACACAUGGUUUGAAGAAUGGCAAACUUUCAGCCCCUCAAUUUUAUACCAAAGCACCGCCAGGCCCAGAUUCUGGAGUCACCAGUGGAGUCUCUGAUUGCUGUGCCGCACAGCAAAAAGGCCAACACAAAUCAUUGGUGUCUCUACCUCUUGACAUCCGACCGAAGCUCUGUCAGAAUCGAUUGCCAGCCUAGCUACUCCGUGCCAAGUACCAUUCUCCCUGGAGGCUCCAAAGCCUAUGUAAUCAUCUCUGAGCUGUCAUAUACUGUGUCCAAGGAUGCUCAAGCACAAUUUCUUCUCGGAGUCGUCCCCGGCCUGAAGGUCAGACAUUUUUACGAUUUGCUGAUCGAGAAUGGACGACACAAAUACGAAUUCGAUUCAAACGGAGUUGGUUGCAGAUUUUGGACGACGGAUCAGAUCAAUCUGCUACACCAGCAUCGGCUUAUCACGGACACGGCACAAGUUACAGCUGCAAAGAACGGGAUUCGUAAGCUGUGGCCAGAUCAGACACCUCUCGAACUCGACCGGGGAGCUUACUACUAGUGCGGAUGUCAGCAGGCAGAUGUCUACUUUGUUGUUCCUUGGGUCAUCAAGUCAUCUAUCUUGCAAGAAACAAAUGCGAGCAAGGCAGCAUCUUACGCAUUCUGGCCAAUUUGGGGAUCUCGGACCCGAGCCCAACUCAUGUUCAGAUCCACAAUACCGUUGAAGAUUCGUUUUAUAUGCCGUGUUAUUUUCUGUGUCUUCUUUUCCCCAGUUUCUUGUUCUUUUUUGUUGCGUUUCUACUUGCUGUUAGAAAGGUAAUCCAUCAAUUUAUGGCUUUGAACUCAUUCGCAAGUAUUCUAAAUCACUCUAUAUCUCGCAUGAACAAGGUCAAGUCCAUAUAUCAGAGUGUGCACACAGUCAUUCUUUAACAGGGAGGAUCAGGCCGCAUUGAGAAGGGAAAUAGCUUACCUUGUACCCAAGGAGGAAUGGCACCGCAUUAGUCGUCGCGGAUUUCGCUGGGAUUGAGUAUUACCUGUCAGUACUAACCAUGUGCCGUGGCCGCCUGUAGAUAUAAGUUUAUAAGUACCGUCGAAUAUAGUUGCUCCUUAAUUCACUACUCGCACGUUGUUUCUACUAUGACUGACACCUUCCAUUUCGCGGCCUGUGGUGGUCCUGAUUAUCAAAUAAACUUUGUUCAUACUUGCUAUAUUC